CAUUCCUCCUUUACGCACCUGUGGAAAAGGAGAAAACAACCUUUACUCCUUCAUUAUAACGGAUUUUGCCGCAACAGGAAGCUUCUCCGUGAUUAACGUCUGCUUUUGAACUAGCAUCUACUCUGGUUUUCUUGGUUUUGUUUUUGUUUUUGUUGCUGGUCACAUGGAGACUGCGCUCUUGUAGGAUUUACGCAGGAUUUUGAGCCGCAGCAUGAUCUUUAUUUCUCACACCUGCUUCUACAGCAGCUAACCAGCAACCAGCUCGGAAUAAACUGAGUUAUUUCACCUCUCGUCCUGGUCAGAAGUUUUCCUCUAACUGAUGGCUGGAUUUUUCCAGCAGUUACGACUCCUUCUUUGGAAAAAUGCCCUGGGGAUCAUCAGGCAGCCGGUUUGGUCUCUGGUUCUCCUCAUUUGGCCUGUAGUGAUCUUCAUCAUAUUAGCCAUCACCCGCUCGCAGUUUCCUCCGAUUCUCAAAGACCCGUGUUAUGUGGCCCCGAGGAACCUCCCGAGUGCAGGGUUCUUCCCCUUCCUGCAGACUCUCAUGUGUAACACUGACAGCAGCUGCUCCAAUAAAUCCUACCUCACGGAAUCCAAGAGCCUCCGCCAUCGCAGGGAUGUAAACACACGCAGUUCUCCAUUGUUACCUCAUGGUUUGCCUCCUUUGCCCGACCUGGAGAAACUUGGUUUGGUCCAUGUGCUGAGGAAGAGAGAGACAUCCAACUCCACACAGAUCCUACAGCAGUGGGAUAAAUGGCUGAAUUCCAGCAUUCAGGCUUCAUCAAACCUCACCAACACUAUCUUGGAAGCCAUCAACAGCACCAUAGUGGCUGACGAGGAUGUAUUGAACGUCAUCCUGGACUCGGCAGGCACCCUGAAAACAAUCUUCUGCAACAUCUCUACGUCUGCGCUGUCCGAUUACAGUCACGCCAGCUCGGUGUUGGAGCGUUUCUGCAGGUCCAAUGAUACGGCACUGGAAGUUUCCCUCUCGACGCUGAACCAGUUCAUGAUGCAGCUGGUCCUCCAAGAUCCAAUUAAAUUCAUCGAGGCCGCUGAGAUGUCUGUGGAAACGAUGGACAAGCUUCAGACACAAUCUCCGCUGUGGGACUUCCUACUGGGGUUGCCAGAUAUAUUCCUAAAAUCCACAGAUCAGGAUAGGAUCCUGGCUAUAGCUGAGCAACUAAUGGGGAUGAAGCAGGCCUUGAACUCAUUCCAGAGCAGCUUCCAGCAGGCUAACGCUUCUAUGGACAAGCUGAACCCUGUCAUUGACGAAGGCAUCGACAUCCUCAACUACCUCCACACCUGGAAGGGCAGAAAUGUUAACAUCUCCCUGGCCAAUGUACUGGUGAAGUCCAACAUGUCUCUGGUUAGCCCUGAGUUGGCCACCCUACAGAUUCCACUGGAUAAGGUGCUUGUAUUGUUCAACAGAACCGCCUUCUCUGAGUUUGUGUGUACCAGCAUGUCUUUCUGUGACAGUCAGCAAGUCAACAUGAUCUAUGGAUGGAUAGACCAAGAAAAAGUUGCUCUGCAGGUGCUGUUGACCUGGAGUCGGUCUGCAACGUCUCCAGCAGAUCUUUCAUUUGCUAAACACAUUCUGGGAAAAAUGUUUGGUGGCGUUUUCAAGGACGGACCUAACACAGGCUUUGAGAAUGGAGACAUCCAGCAAGCGACACUGCAGGAACAAGUGUUCCUAGGGAUUGCUAAUACAGUGCUGGGAAUGCUGAGUGGAACCGCAAGCUGGGAUUACAUUCAAAUGCUCAUGAUGGGAGCUCAUUCUACUAUGAAGGUUGCCACAGCAGCAAUGGAGGCACAGCUGGCCUAUGUCCAACCACUGCUGAACAAUCCAGAGAAUCUCCAGGCGAUCCUCAUGCAGAAUGAAACCGCAAUGCAUAACAUGACACCUUGGUUGGAUGUGGAGCAGAAGAUAAAUCAGAUAUCCAGUGUCUUGAAUGGCACUUUGGUGUACAACGUCACACCCGCUAUGAUCCUGACUGAAUGGCACAGGUUAUACAGCACUGCCCAAGAGUUUAGUAACACUAUCAUGGUAGCUGUUCAACUAUUCCAGGACAAACUGUCCAGUCAGUUUCCACAUAACUCAACCAUCGACUGGACAGAGAUUCUUUUAAACAGUAGUUUGGAGGAGUUUGCCAUGUUGGGACCAGUACUUCAAAACAGCAGUCUGUGGUCAACCUUAGAGACACACUUCCAACUGGCAUACUGGAUCAUGACCUUCCAACCUAAUAUCACUAAACCACCAAACUGCACGUUUACCCUAAAUGAUACUGUCUGUCAGAUGGCUUUUACAUGGGAGGGGUUUAUUCCAGUGGUUAGAUCUCUACUCCAAGAAAUCAGGGAAAAUCCUGCUGCUCUUCUGAGACCUAUCCAGGGAGCUGAGUUCCUGCUGAAAGACUUCAUGAUGGACAUCUACAUGAAUCAUCUACAGGAAUUCCUAAACAGCACUGGACAUAGUCCUCCUGGUGUGUCACCACAGAACGUCUCAAUGAGUCUCACCGAUUUGGUCAACCAGAACCUACAGCUUCUCCUGAAUAUCCCACCCACUGAUGAGCUAGAUGAAGACAUCUUGCUUUCCAUGUUGAAUGACACUUUGGAAGCAUUUGGCUUGGGACAGUUAGGGGUUCUAUGGUCAGAAGACUCAAACUACAGUAAUCCCAAUGCUGUGGUUAUGAACAUCCUUCAUCUCUUGAGUCCAGAGUACAUUCAGACGGUUCACAGUGAAGGAAAGUUCACAGUUCUGUGUGGCAUCAUUAGAGAACUCUUGGAUCCUGAGCAACAUAUGCAAUUAGAAGGCGUAAACAGUCACUUAGGUGUUUUCAACCAUACAUAUGCUCUGUUUGAAGAUUUGGCCUUCUGUGAAGCUAAUGGACAUGACUGCCUGUCUGAGGUUUCACAUCUUUUCCAGAUUUUGUCUUCACUUGAUGAAAUGAUGCCAGCAGGAGAAGGUGGAAAUUUCACCAUGAUGCCUAUCGAGUACAAUAUGACUUUGUCUAUUGCUGGUCAUAUUCUUUUCCUUCUGCUACCAGGGAACAUGUCAGAAUCUUCUCCAUAUGCAAUGCACAACGUCAGUGAGAUCAUCCAUCUCCUUGAACAGUUAUCUGGCUCACCCAAUUUUAACAUUAGUACUAUUCAGAAAGAGCUUCAGUCCUUAAAUAUCAGUAUUUUUGAUUUAGCUCAUCUCACACAUCUAUCAGAAGCUUCUCCCACAUCCAUGCUACUCUCAAACCUCACAAGGCUCGACAAAAUCUUACAGUGCCUGAACCCUCUGCUCCAGAACAGCACAUCUCAUAUGGGUUCCAGAGUAACAGAUUGCACCAUGCAGAUUAUUGAGGGGUUAACUGGAUUUCUUCAGGCCAUACCCAUGUUGGAAGGUUCCCAACUGAAUCUUACCUCCAUUCUUAAUAUGGUGUUUGAUGAAGCCAUGGAGUUAAGGAACAUGUCUAGCCUAGCAGGGGACGCAAACAGCACAACACUCUACUCUGUGGUUAUGAACAUCCUCCAUCUGUUGAGACCAGAGUCCAAUCAGAUGCAUAACAGUGAAGGGAAGUUUACAGUUCUGUGUAGCAUCCUAAAAGAACUCUUGGAUCCCGAGCAACAGAUGCAAUUAGAAGGCGUUUUCAACCAUACAUAUGCUCUGUUUGAGGAUUUGGCCUUCUGUGCAGCUAAUGGACAUGACUGCCUGCAAGAUGUUUCACAUCUUUUCCAGAUUUUGUCUUCACUUGAUGAAAUGAUGCCAGCAGGAGAAGGUGGAAAUUUCACCAUGAUGCCCAUCAAGUACAAUAUGACUUUGUCUCUUGCUGGUCAUAUUCUUUUCCUUCUCCUACCAGGGAACAUGUCAGAAUCUUCUCCAUAUGCAAUGCACAACGUCAGUGAGAUCAUCCAUCUCCUUGAACAGUUAUCUGGCUCACCCAAUUUUAACAUUAGUACUAUUCAGAAAGAGCUUCAGUCCUUAAAUAUCACUAUUUUUGAUUUAGCUCAUCUCACACAUCUAUCAGAAGCUUCUCCCACAUCCAUGCUACUCUCAAACCUCACAGAGCUCGACAAAAUCUUACAGUGCCUGAACCCUCUGCUCCAGAACAGCACAUCUCAUAUGGGUUCCAGAGUAACAGAUUGCACCAUGCAGAUUAUUGAGGGGUUAACUGGAUUUCUUCAGGCCAUACCCAUGUUGGAAGGUUCCCAACUGAAUCUUACCUCCAUUCUUAAUAUGGUGUUUGAUGAAGCCAUGGAGUUAAGGAACAUGUCUAGCCUAGCAGGGGACGCAAACAGCACAACACUCUACUCUGUGGUUAUGAACAUCCUCCAUCUGUUGAGACCAGAGUCCAAUCAGAUGCAUAACAGUGAAGGGAAGUUUACAGUUCUGUGUAGCAUCCUAAAAGAACUCUUGGAUCCCGAGCAACAGAUGCAAUUAGAAGGCGUUUUCAACCAUACAUAUGCUCUGUUUGAGGAUUUGGCCUUCUGUGCAGCUAAUGGACAUGACUGCCUGCAAGAUGUUUCACAUCUUUUCCAGAUUUUGUCUUCACUUGAUGAAAUGAUGCCAGCAGGAGAAGGUGGAAAUUUCACCAUGAUGCCCAUCAAGUACAAUAUGACUUUGUCUGUUGCUGGUCAUAUUCUUUUCCUUCUCCUAUCAGGGAACAUGUCAGAAUCUUCUCCAUAUGCAAUGCACAACGUCAGUGAGAUCAUCCAUCUCCUUGAACAGUUAUCUGGCUCACCCAAUUUUAACAUUAGUACUAUUCAGAAAGAGCUUCAGUCCUUAAAUAUCAGUAUUUUUGAUUUAGCUCAUCUCACACAUCUAUCAGAAGCUUCUCCCACAUCCAUGCUACUCUCAAACCUCACAGAGCUCGACAAAAUCUUACAGUGCCUGAAUCCUCUGCUCCAGAACAGCACAUCUCAUAUGGGUUCCAGAGUAACAGAUUGCACCAUGCAGAUUAUUGAGGGGUUAACUGGAUUUCUUCAGGCCAUACCCAUGUUGGAAGGUUCCCAACUGAAUCUUACCUCCAUUCUUAAUAUGGUGUUUGAUGAAGCCAUGGAGUUAAGGAACAUGUCUAGCCUAGCAGGGGACGCAAACAGCACAACACUCUACUCUGUGGUUAUGAACAUCCUCCAUCUGUUGAGACCAGAGUCCAAUCAGAUGCAUAACAGUGAAGGGAAGUUUAAAGUUCUGUGUAGCAUCCUAAAAGAACUCUUGGAUCCCGAGCAACAGAUGCAAUUAGAAGGCGUUUUCAACCAUACAUAUGCUCUGUUUGAGGAUUUGGCCUUCUGUGCAGCUAAUGGACAUGACUGCCUGCAAGAUGUUUCACAUCUAUUCCAGAUUUUGUCUUCACUUGAUGAAAUGAUGCCAGCAGGAGAAGGUAGAAAUUUCACCAUGAUGCCCAUCAAGUACAAUAUGACUUUGUCUGUUGCUGGUCAUAUUCUUUUCCUUCUCCUACCAGGGAACAUGUCAGAAUCUUCUCUAUAUGGAAUGGACAACAUCAGUGUGAUCAUCCAUCUCCUUGAGCAGUUAUAUGCCUCACCCGAUUUCAACAUUAGCGCUAUUCAGGAAGAGCUGCAAGCCUCAAAUAUCACUCUUUAUGAUGUAGAAAAUGUCACACAUCUAUCAGAAGCUACUUCCACAUCUGUGCUGCUCUCAAAUCUCAUGGAGCUUGUAAAUACCUUGCAGUGCCUGGACCCUCCGCUUCUGGACAAUAUGAAUUCAUCUCAUAUUGGUUCCACAGUACCAGAUUGCACCAUGCAGAUUAUUGAGGGGUUAACUGGUUUCCUUCAGGCCAUACCCAUGUUGGAAGGUUCCCAACUGAAUCUUACCUCCAUUCUUAAUAUGGUGUUUGAUAAAGCAAUGGAGUUAAGGAACAUGUCUAGCCUAGAGAAUGAUUUUCCUGGAAUGAAAGAACUUUUGUCAGGGGGCUCAAACAGCACAACACUCUACUCUGUGGUUAUGAACAUCCUCCAUGUGUUGAGACCAGAGUCCAUUCAGAUGCUUAACAGUGAAGGGAAGUUUGCAGUGUCAGAUGCCAUCUUGCAUGAACUUCAACCACUUUUUGCUAAAGAGCACCAAAUCAAUUUAGAAGGUUUUCUCAAUACCACACAUGCUCUGUUUGAAGAUUUGGCAUUCUGUGAUCAGGACUGUCUCUCUGGAGUGUCACAUAUAUUCCAGAUGCUAUCUUUACUUAAUGAAAGCAUGUUGGAGAGAGAAGGUAAUUUCACAAUGAUGCCCAUUAAGAACAAUAUGACUUUCUCUGUUGCUGGUCAUAUUCUUUCCCUUCUCCUAUCAUGGAACAUUUCAGAGUCUUCUGCAAAUAGGACGGUCAACGUAAGCGAGAUCACCUACUUCCUUGAACAGUUGUAUAGUUCACCGAAUCUCAGCCUCGACAACAUUCAAGAACUGCUUGAAGCCUUGAAUCUCACCAUGUCUGAUUUUGAACAAUUCUCUCAACUAUCAGAAGCUUCAUCCAUCUCUCUGAUCCUUUCAACACUCAUGGAUAUUAUUAACAGCUCCCAAUGUGCAAUCCCUUUAUCUCCGGGCGGUUCAUCACUUACAGGCUCCCCAGUGCCGGAAUGCAGCAUGAAGAUAUUCGAGGGGUUAAUUGGUUUCCUUCAGGCCCUACCCAUGUUUGAAGGCUACCAGACAAGUCUUACAACCACAUUAAAUAUGUUGUAUGAUGAAGCAAUGGAGUUUCGGAACAUUUCUAACUCUGAUUCUGAUCCUCUUGAAGUGACAGAAGAAGUAUUUGAAUUAAUUCUGGAAAGUAUCAGACAGAAUCUUGAAAAUCUCAACGUGGAAAAUGUGACCUCAAUUGAAACCGAGCUUGAUACACUGGAGGAACUUUUAAAAAUGGUAUUUGAAGAAGAAUACCACUACCCUUACUACAUGAUCAAUUCUACAAUGAUGACACAGCAGGCCUACGCUCAUAAGAUGUAUAAAGAAAUUACCUUGUGGUACCUACAUAACCUGGAGAAUGCCACAAGUGACAGCAUGUUCAGAGAGAUUCUUUACCCAUUUAUCGAGGUUACAGAAAUGAUGGUCACAAUCCAUGAUGCUCAUUUAAAUUUCUCCACACUGGUGGCCAAUCAGAUCCAGAACUUAACCGGCCAUGUUCAAACUCCCCUAAAUGGUGAAGAUUUAAAUCUAAUCAGCAACGCAAUAGUAUCUUUAAUACAGGGUCAACUAGAGUUGAUAAAGAUGAACCUUGAUCUUCAACAGACCUUUCUCGAUUCCUUGGGUUUACAAUCUAACACAAGUAUGCCUGCUGAUAUUAAAGCCGAGCUCCAAAACUACCACAACUUGAUGCAAAAUUGGAUCACAAACCCACAACUGAAACUUGCCUUUAGCAAUAUAUUUAGGUGGACCAAUAAUUUGACUGACUUUACCACUCCAUUUAUUGACCAUGAGGAGCUGUUGCAAGCCUUGGCUUCACUGCUCACCCCAGAGGAGCAGGUCUAUAUCAACAAAACUGAACAAGUCUUACACUCUCUGAACUACACCUUGCAGCUUGGCCAAACAGAAAAUGGUCUCCAAAGUGAAAACUUCACUGAGGCCAUCAUGGAUUCUGUAAGAGUCUUCUUGGACAACAUGUUCAAUUACACAGAUACGACAUACACAAACGAUGACAUUGUUGAUGUUUUCUAUAACACACUUCAACUACUGCUGAACCCUAAUAUUAGCCACGAUCAAGCUCAGAAGCUCGUGAUACAAGUCGCACAAGAGACAGCAAGCUUUAUCAGUGCCAUUGUUCCAGAUUCUUCUGAAGUGUUGACUCCUAUUAUUCAGAGCCUCAUAACAUCUAUAAACACUAUCUCAAACCCUGGUGAACCUGCCCAGUGGAAACAAGCCUUUGUGGCGAUGUUGGAGGAAAUCCAUAGUUCUCUGCCUUACAAUAGCACAGCCAACACCUACAUAUCCUCAAUACUGGACAUCACCAACUACAUUCUGAACCCCAAACAAGGAAACACAAGUUGGUGGGCGAGCAUAGCUGAUGUUAAUCCUGACAACCUCGAUAAUGUUACACAACCGCUUUCCGUUCUCCUGGAUUUCGUUCUCCCGUUCCUUAUGGACCACCAGGGAAUGGGUCUGACCCAUGAAUCUGCUCACGCUCUAAUCGAAUAUGUCCCGAAUCUCGUCCAGAUCUUCUCAAGAACGGCGGACCAGCUGACGUUUCAGAGACUGGAAAAUAUGACAACAGUUCUUCUGUUAAACCUGAUGACCACACCCGCGGGUGACUCCGUGCCUUUUGCUCUAGAUCUCAUCAGGAAUGUCACUGCAUCCCUGGUACAAAGCAUGCGAGUACAAACCGAGCUGGUCUUCAGUCUCUCAGGUGUGCUGCCCUCUUGUGUCUUCUCUACUGUGGAUUCCAGCAACAUUUCCCAGAUCUCUGACGCAUUGCUUCAGGCUUUCACAUCCACUCUAGAAGCCACACAACAGGUUCCUGUGAGCAGUGAGAUGCUGAACUGCAGCUCAUUGGAGAAUCUCUGGGAGCAGGUUGCUGAGGCGGAGAUGAACAGCAGUGUGUUUACAGUCUGGUGUAAUGAUCACGUCCUCCCACUUCUCAGCAUUUACCAGGCUUUCAAUUAUGAGCCAGCAGGCUACAACGUAACAGCUAUGGAUCCUCAGUGGGUUGAGGCCACAGUUGCAGAGAUCGUGAGCUCUCUGAAGACGUUUUACUCAGCCGAGCUUAAUGAGUCUCAGAGCAUGCAACAUCUACACGACUUGCAAAACUUCACAGAGUCCUUCAACCAGUCUCUCUGUGCCGAGGGAAAUAUAUCAGACUGGAGUGGCCUGUUCUCACAGAUACACAGUCUACCCUUUGCACAAAUGGCCUUGGAGAGUGCUAUGCUACAGCUGAAUAAUUCAGGAGGGAAUCCGUAUGUCCUGGCAGUUCAGAAAGCCAUCGAAUACAUGCCGGGGAAUCAGAAUGUAACGGCGAGCCCUGAGAUGGUCGUACAUGCUCUGGACGUAGUGCUAACCGCGAUGAACUUCAGUAGAGAUCAGAUCGACAGUUUCCUGAGUAGUGACGUAUUCACCAUGCAAUACAGCUUGCCCAUUGAACAGCACAUGAUAAAGGAGGUGUUGAGUCAAAUCACAGAUAUGAGACUGUUUGGAAACUGGUCCAUAAUGUACAAUAUAAUGGAGCAACUGCAGCAUGUAGAGAACACAAGCAACGUCUUGAGCAUGGUGCAUGAACUGGUCAGCUGGUACAACACUACUGAAGACACUGGGGUGUAUUUUGGCAUAAAGAUGCUCACCAAGUUAUAUGAGAUGCUCACACCAUUUGUGCCAAAUUCAAGCCCUCUCCCAUGCUCCUAUGAACUCUUUAUCGGUCUUACCGGCAAUGCUUUAUAUGCACUGGAACACAUGUACACUGCCAACCUGUUCCCCCCCAUUAAUUUCUACCCCGAGCUAAUCCAAACACAACUCGCUCAGGGACAAAAUCUAAGGAACCUUGUGUCAGAAACCCAAAGUGCCAGAAGAGCAAUGCAAAAUCUGACCAGAGAACCAGUGGAUGACUUUCUUGACCUCCUGGAUAUCAACUACCAAAACUUAUCAGAGAUUCUUUCCAUUCCACCGAGUUCUGAAGAAAUGUUGGAGACCAUGCAUGUAUUUUUUGCAAACCCAGACCUGGGGAUCUUCCUCAAAGGUGUAACCAGAAGCAUGACAGGAAGCUUGGUCGAAGAUGAAACCAUCGACACUAUCCUUGGUACACUAGCCUACUUGACACUUCCAAGCAAUGGAGAAACCUUUCUAGAGAUGAUCACGCAGACCACCAGUCAAGCCUGGGGCCUGAAUGAUAUGCAGAUGGUAGAAAGCUUGGGCGGAGUUGUCGGAAUGAUAAGGAUGCUUUCCCAGCAGCCAUCUUUGAGUAUAGCUCAGAAGGUUGAACAGAUAGCUAAUCAGCUCACUUCUGCAGCGACAUACACCAUGGCACACCAAGGUAAUCGUAGUGAAAUCCUCACAGCUUUCAACAAUAUCAUGUCACAAAAUCUGCAGCAGAUGCAGAACACCAGCCUCGAGGACCAUAAAGUCCUUCAAAGCAUAAUCGGCUCGUUAUUAUCUAAAUCACAGUUUGACUUUGAAUCCUACAUGAUGGCGAUGAACCAAACUUCUGACGCCCUUGCCUACCUUGUACCUCCUGAGGAAAUGGUAUAUUUCAACAUGUCAACAAGAAUGAUGGAAGCUUUUGCUUUGCUCAUGUCAUAUCCAACGGAUCUGGAGAAAGUCAUGAUGUCAAGUCACGAAAUGGCUGAUUCAAUGAAUCUCAGCUUUGCCCUUUCUAACAUGACAACUCUUCCAAAUGGUCGACCCAUCGACACCAUUUUAUAUCCCUUCAUCCUAAACAGUGCCGUGGCAACUCAAAUCCUGUUCAAUCUCUCUGCUUCUAACUACACCUUUAGUAGUGAUUUGGACCGAAACAUGAUCUUGACCCAGAUGAUGUCAAAGCUCCCUGGAGAACUGCAACCUGACCUCUAUCCUGUCACGUCUGCUCUCCUUUUAGCUCUUUCGAAUUUCUCAGACACAGCCAAUAUCAGACCUGUUUUCUUUCAAACCUCCCAGAAUGUGACCAUGUAUCUUGUGGAACACCUCAAUCUAACAGGAGAUCCCAUGUCCAUGGAAAUAUACUCCGUCCUCUCUACUGUUUCAAACCAGGUAUCUUCUAGUCUCUGUGAGGCCUUAAUGGGAACAUCUUCCAUCAGCCUGCUCCCGAAUGUGCUCAACUCUCUACACGCAGUCACAUCUUUAAUACCUCUGAAGGACCGGCAAUACCCAGAUGCCGUUUACAACUUCAUGGAGACAUUGGCCUUGACUCUGAACCACACCAUUACCACAGGGGAUGCAGCAGGUGGAAUGAAUAUGCUUUCCGACUCUGUCCAAAGACUCCUGAUGACAAUGAUGCCAAACAGCAGCAUGGAUAACUCAAGCGGCAUUAUGACUAACCUGGAAAAUACAGUCAAGGUGCUGCUCAUGGUUCUCUCAUCAGGUCAGGACCCUCUAACUCAGAGUGCUAAUGUGACCAGUGAGUUGCUGUCCACCAUUCAGAAUUUGCUCACCGUAGCUAACAGCAGCUCUGAGAUAGAUCUAGCUACAUUGAUCACGGGGGCCUUCAAGAUGAACGCCGGGUCUCUGCUGUCGACGAACGACAGUAACUGGUCUCAGAAAUUGCAAAUGGUGCUGUUAUCCGUCGCCAACACCCUUCCAGCUGACCUUCAGUUCGGCCCAUUCAACAGAACCAUCUUCGAAAGUUUGGCCAAUGAACCCAAAGAAAAUCUGAAUAUUCUGCUUCAGACAGUCAGCACAGUUUCUCAACUUUUCUCAACCAACUGGAAGAACGAAAGCUUCGGAGAUCUACUGAAUGAAAUUCAGACACAGGGGUGCAGUCUGGAGAAGAUGAAGUCUGUUCAGCUGUUCACUCAGGCUCUGUCUCUCAGCCCGGGUUUGCUCUGUAACACGGUUCUGCCCAGCAUCGGCGCUCUUCACGUUCUCUCCUCCAGCCUGGUGAACCAGUCCAGCGACAUAUAUGACCUGCUCUACCAGCACUUAGUGGGAGACCCCAGCACUUACGACCUCAAAGUGAACUGGACCUCCAUCCUCUCCGACCUGCUUGGCAUGGACUUAGGCACUUUAUUGAACUCCAACUCCAACCCCAACCAGACCACCGCAAGUGACGUGAAGGUAUCUGCCAUUUUGAAGAAUGUGACACUGUUUGUAUCUGAUGUCACGCGGCACACCAGCAUUCCUCAUAAUGUCCUAAACACACUGCUGGACUUGCCCCUGCCCAAGAGCAACCUGCAGGUCUUGUCCGAGAUGGCGAAGCUGCAGCACUGCACAGAUCUCACGUCCCUGAAGCUCGACCCGGUGACGGCGCAGAUCUUCAGCUCUUUGUGCUCUCUGCCAGGUCAGGAGUGGUACAGACUGGCGGUUCUGACAGCUCAGCACGUCAGCAUGGAGGAGGUCAUGUACAAGCUGUUGCUGAACAGUGAAAUCCAGAGUCUCACUGACAUCGUCAUGAGGAUGGUGAAGUUCUUUAUGGACUGGAUGAGUAAACUGACUCCUGCUCUAAACCGGCUGCAGGAAUAUUUCACCUCAUUCGGAAACAUGAAGCUGAUGUCCAACUCCGAGUUCAGCAGCUUGGUGAGAGGGAAACGCUCCACGAUGUCCAGCAGGGCCACGUUCGUCACCAUCUCCCGAGCUCUGUGUAACAGCGGCAUGUUGUCACUGUUCGGAAUCUCGCAGCUUCCCAGCAUGAGUGAGAAUAAUCUGUCUGUCGAGGACCAGCAGAAAGUGGAGGAUCUCAUGACCAAGUUCAAAAUCCCCAAAGAUUCCACUCCAUUCUGUAGAAACUUCUACCUGGACAUGGUGAGCACCACAGGAGGUGCUGUAGCCUGGGCCUUCCUCAAGCCCAUGCUCCUGGGACAAGUGCUGUAUUACCCUGACACACCAAUCACCCAAGGCAUCAUCACUAGAUCGAACCUCACGCUGCAGCAGUUCGGUGACCUGCGCGUCUACGCUGACGAGUGGCUGCGCACGUCAUCGUACCUCAUGCAGUCGGCGCAGCUCCUGAAUAAAACUCUGCCCAUGCUGAAGAAUUCCCUCAGCAAUCCGUUCAUCCAAAACUUCAUCAAGAAGCAGAUUGAUAUCGACAUCGGACAGAUGCAGGAAACCCUUAACAACUUCUCGGACAUGGCUCAGAUGUUGGAGAAGAACCAGUUUAUCCUGAAGCAGAUCACCACACUGUCCACUCUCAUGAUGAACCUCUCGUCCUGUGUCAACUUCGACCGCUACCGUGCCUUCAACUCCCUCAAUGAUCUCAACAAACAGGCGGAGAAACUGGCCCAGAACCGUGAACUCUAUGCUAGUAUCAUUUUCAAGCUGCCCAACGGAAAAAACGCGUCCUCGUCCUCCACGCUUCCUCCUAAACUGGACUACACCAUCCGCAUGAACAUUGACAACUCCAUGAGAACCGACCGCUCACGGAGCCCGUUCUGGGUGAGGGCUACCUACAUCUCUUCGGCCUCGACGCAACGCUACAACCGCGGCUUCAUCUACCUGCAGGAGAGCAUCGAGCGAGCCAUCAUCGGCAUGCAGACCGGAAAUGUAGUGCAGGAGCCGGCCGUGCAGAUUCAGGCCUUCCCCUACCCCUGCUACUACAGAGACGAAUACCUUAACAGCAUCGCCUUCGCCUUCCCGCUCGUCCUGAUGAUCAGCUGGGUGCUCUUCAUCGCUAACUUCGUCAAGAAGCUUGUCCAUGAGAGAGAACUCCGUCUUCAUGAGUACAUGAAGAUGAUGGGCGUGAAUCCGUUCAGCCAUUAUCUGGCCUGGUUUAUCGAGAGUGCUGCGUUCCUCCUGGUCACCGUUAUCAUCCUGACCAUCAUCUUGAAAUCUGGUGGCGUUCUUCCCAAGAGCAACGGCUUCGUUCUCUUCCUCUACUUGUCUGACUACGCUCUCAGCAUCCUGGCCAUCAGCUUCCUCAUCAGCACCUUCUUUGACAAGACCAACAUCGCCGGGCUCAGCGGCAGCCUCAUCUACGUCAUCUGCUUCUUUCCCUUCAUCGUGGUCGUAUGCAUGGAGGAGACCCUCCCCUUAUCCAUCAAGACCCUGCUGAGCCUGUUUUCUCCAACGUGCUUCAGCUACGCCAGUCAGUACAUCACCCGCUAUGAAAAACAGGAAGAAGGGAUCCAGUGGCACAACAUGUACCUCUCUCCUGUGGUCGGAGACGAUGCGUCGUUUGGUUGGCUGUGCUGGCUCCUCCUCAUCGACUCAGUAGUCUACUUCCUGCUCGGUGCCUACAUCCGCACCGUCUUCCCAGGGAGGUAUGGUAUCGCUGCUCCGUGGUAUUUCCCCUUCACGUCAACCUUCUGGGCCAACGUCUGUGGCUGCAAUAAGAAAGCACAAAUGAACACAGCCAGAGGACUUCUGUUCUCCAACAUGAUGCAGGAAAGCCAGAGAAACAGCAAAGAAAUAGACAAAGAUACGCCUGAUUUACAUGCUCAUGGUGAUGAAGAGUUCCAGAAGCUUCCAGUCGGCGUUUUGCUUCGAGGCCUGACGAAGUCCUACGGUAACAGGAACGCCAUCGAAAACCUGAACCUGGCGUUCUAUGAGGGUCACGUGACCUCACUGCUGGGGCACAACGGAGCGGGAAAGACCACCACCAUGUCCCUCCUGACCGGGUUGUUUGCUCCCUCGUCCGGUAUGAUCGAGGUUUACGGUAAAGACAUGCAGUCAUCUAUGAAGCACGUGCGUAAAGAACUCGGAGUGUGCAUGCAAUAUGACGUUCACUUUGACCACAUGACCACCGAGGAGCACCUUCUGCUGUAUGGCCACAUCAAAGCCCCCCACUGGAGCAAGCAGGAACUGCAGCAGGAAGUGCGCAAGACUCUGGAGGAGACAGGGAUGUACCCUCAUCGCCAUAAGAAGGUGGGGACGCUGUCCGGUGGCAUGAAGAGGAAGCUCUCCAUCUCUAUCGCUUUCAUUGGCGGAUCUCGGCUGGUGGUCCUAGACGAGCCCACCACCGGUGUGGACCCCUGCUCGCGACGUAGCAUCUGGGACAUCGUCCUCCAGCAUAAGAGUGAUCGGACCAUCAUCUUGUCCACACAUCAUCUGGAUGAGGCCGAGGUCCUUAGCGAUCGCAUCGCGUUCCUGGAGCGCGGAGGUCUGAAAUGUUGUGGAUCUCCGUACUACCUGAAGGACAAGCUGGCUCGUGGAUACAAGCUGACUCUCACUAAGAAGGUCUUGCCUCCUGACUCAGAUGACAGGUUUGAUACUGACAUGGUGAAAUCCUUCGUCCACACUCACCUACCCGAGGCUCAGCUGAAGGAGGGAGCGAUGGGAGAUAUCGUCUACUCUCUUCCUGUAUACAACUCCCAGAAUGCAUCAGCCUACCGCUCGCUGCUCUGUGGCCUGGACCACAAUCUGGAGGCGCUACAGCUCGGCUGCUACGGCAUCUCCGACACCACGCUAGAGGAGGUUUUCCUGCAGUUGACGAGAGACAGUGACGAUCGUGAGGAGGAGCUCACUCGCCCGUUUACAGUUUCAAACUCAGAGCUGGAUGCCGGAGCUUCCCGAGACAGCCUGAGUGACGAGCUGAACUCCAGCAUGUACUUCGGAGAAAGAACCAGUCUCACAGGACGCUCCACACUGAGUGGUUUAGCACUGAAGGGUCAGCAGGUGAUGGCCAUGCUCACCAAACGUGUUCAUCACACCAGGAGGAACUGGAAGGGUCUGAUCUCUCAGGUCCUGCUGCCCGUCCUGUUCGUCCUUGCCGCCAUGGGCCUCGGCUCCAUCAAGAGCAAUCUGGAGAACUUCCCUGAGACGGAGCUGACGCCUGCCAUGUACGACUCUGGCAGGCAGUACACCUUCUUCAGUAAUCAGAACUCCAGCUCUAGUUACCUGGUGGACUCCAUGAUGUCAUAUCCUGGCAUAGCUCACUACUGCAUGGACCAUCCUGACAGCGUCGCGUGUCAGAAGAAAGGCACGUCAGUGUCAGAUCAGUGGAUCUCUGAAGGAACUCCGACAUCUUUGAUUGAGCAAUGUAAAUGUGGGAACUUUUCACAGACAUGUCCAAAGCCUGCCUACAUUCCUCCUCAUAAGACCAACCCCUCGUCUCAAAUCGUCUACAAUCUGACCAACAUUGAUGUAGAGAACUACCUUCAGGCCAGCGCUAAUGACUUCAUCCGAGACAGGUACGGAGGCUGGUCUUUUGGGAACCCCCUUCCCAGCAGUCUCAAAAUGGACAUUUUGGAAGUGCCCCAAAACAGGACAUUAACGAAGGUGUGGUAUAACCCUGAAGGCCAUCACACCAUGCCGGCUUACCUCAAUAGCCUCAACAACUUCAUCCUGCGCUCCCAAAUCCCAGCAAGCAAACAGCCAGAGCAGUACGCAAUCUCUGUAUCCAGUCAUCCCUACCCUGGACAGGUGGAAGAAGAAGAUGCCUUGGUUCGUAACUUGGUCAAUGUCCUGGUGGCAAUGUGUGUCCUCACCGGCUUCUCCAUCAUGACAGCCAGCUUUGUCAUCUACGAGGUUCAGGAGCAUCACAGCGGCUCCAAGAUGCUGCAGCACAUAUCAGGAAUCAGUGAAACUUUCUACUGGAUCAUUAACUUCUUCUACGAUAUGGCCCUCUACAUGGUUCCGGUGACUCUCUCCAUCAUCGUGAUCGCAGCGUUCCAGCUUCCUGCCUUCACUGACAGACUCAACCUGGGAGCCGUCUCACUGCUGCUCGUGCUCUUUGGAUUUGCCAGCUUCCCUUGGAUGUACCUCAUAUCAACCUUGUUCAAAGACACAGAGAUGGCCUUCAUCAGCUAUGUGUGCGUUAACCUCUUCAUCAGCAUGAACUCCAUCAUCUCUACAGCCAUCGUCUACUUCCUGGGACAAGCUAGCCAGAACAACGAGCACAUCCAGGUGGUGUACCGCACCCUCAGCAAAAUAUUCCUGGUGUUCCCUCAGUUCAGUUUUGGGAACGGGUUGAUGGAGCUGGCACGUGUGGACCUGCAGGUCCAGAUCCUCAGCACAUAUGGCGUAGAUGCCUAUAAGAACCCAUUCGGCUUGGACGUCCUGGGAUGGAUGUUUAUCUCGAUGUUCCUGCAGGGCUUCAUCUGCUUCAGUCUGCGGCUUCUGAUGAACAAGUCGCUGUUCCGCAAAGUCAGGCGGUUGUGGUCACGGCGCCAGUCGGUGCCUCAGACAGGAAGUCGGGUCGAGGACGUGGAUGAGGACGUGUUGGCUGAACGCCAGCGUGUGGACAGCGGAGCCGCCAGUUCAGAUCUGCUGCAAGUCAGUCGGCUCAGUAAGGUGUACCGACAUCUGAACCGCCGAGUGCAGGCCGUCAACAAGCUGUCCUUCGGCAUCCCAGCGGGAGAGUGCUUUGGAUUGCUGGGAGUCAACGGAGCAGGAAAGACCACCACGUUUAAGAUGCUAACCGGAGACAUCAGUCCAAGCCAUGGCUCAGCACAAGUGCUCGACUGGGAUGGGAAAAUGGUGGACAUCAUGGACUGCAGGACGGAGGGGAUUAAUAUCGGCUACUGCCCGCAAGUGGACGCUCUGGAUAACCUGCUGACAGGAGAAGAGCAUCUGUACUUCUAUGCUCGCAUCAGGGGUAUCUGCAAGAGAGAGAUCGAUCAGGUGGUGAACUAUCUCCUGAAGAAACUGGAGCUGAACUACUACAGACAAAUCAUCAGCGAACGCUACAGCUGUGGAACACGCCGUAAACUCUCUACAGCCCUCGCUUUGAUUGGACAGCCACAGAUCCUGCUCCUGGAUGAGCCAAGCUCUGGAAUGGACCCUCGCUCCAAACGCCACCUCUGGAAGAUCAUCUCAGAGGAAGUGAUGGGAAAAUGUGCCGUAGUUCUCACAUCCCACAGUAUGGAGGAGUGUGAAGCUCUGUGCACUCGGCUUGCCAUCAUGGUCCAAGGCCAGUUCAGAUGUUUAGGUUCCUUACAGCACAUCAAGAACAGGUUCGGAAGCGGCUUCACAGUGAAGAUGUACCUGACCUCGGCUGCGUGCGAUGUGGACUCCAUCAGCACCUUCAUGCAGCAGCAUUUCCCAAGCACUUUCCUGAAGGACCAUCACUCGUCUAUGGUGGAGUACCACGUUCCUCUCGCUCCUGGAGGUGUGGCUGACAUUUUCGACCAGCUGGAGUCCAACAAGGCGGCGCUGAAGAUCAAAAACUUUUCUGUCAGUCAGACCACACUGGAUGAGGUCUUCAUUAACUUCGCUAUGGGAAAGGUCGGCGGAGCGGCGCAGGACAGCGACGAGACCUCAGAUGUUGACGAUACUGACAGUCAAAUGCAGUGAAACGAAUAACAAUUAACUCCUGAAGACUCUAUGUUUUGUGUUACUGUAAUAUUCUAGAUAUAUUUAAAUUAAAAAGUCAUUAUUUUAUAUUUUUUCAUGGAAUAAUGAAGGAUAUAAGGCACCCUUUCAGAACUGACUAAUUUAUGUCGUAAUGUACCUCCUCCUCUCUUCGGAACUAAUUAAACCUACAUCUCUGAUUUAAUCGUCCGUUACCGCUAUAGUUUUAUAAAAUCGUCUAUGCAAAUCUUGUGCCAUUAAUAUUCAUUACAAUGAUAAUACGAAUGUCCGAGAGUUUUUACUCGCUCUGUAUUCAUAAAGAUCUGUAACUGCAUCACUGUAAUAUAGUUAUUAAAAAUAUAGAUAUAUAACUUUCAAUGAAAACAAGUGCAUUGGACAUGAUUAUGGUGCAUUAUGAGUUGUUAAUAUGCAGGACAUAACAAAUAACAUUGACUCUGUACUGGGCAUUAUAACUCAUUAUAAACACUGAAACUUC